GUGGUCCACCGGUAAAACCACUGAAGAAGAAGACUGGAGCACUCAGACGAUGCUGAGCAUGAAAGCGCAGGUGGAUGUGCUCUGCUGUAAAUCAGUAGGAACUGAUCUGUCCAUGCUGGAGAUUGAGGAUUUCAUCUCAGAAAUCUGUGGGCUGAAGAAAGAGGUGGCGUCACUGGAGGCAAAGCUGAGAGAAAGAGGAGAGGAUCUGGAGCAGGUUUCGGUGCGCGUGGCUGACGGGACAGAAGCUCAGGAUUCAGUCUGGAGCGUCAGAGAUCAGAGAUCCAGAGACACACAGGACUCGGAGCUCAGCCUCACUCUGCUGUGUUAUACUGACGCUCAGGAUCAUGAAUCCACUGAUCAAACCUCUGACCGUAACGCUGGAGAACAGCAGAUGCUGCAGGCGCCGCUGAAGAUGUGCUCCGUCAAACUGCUGGACUGCAGGAACCUGAUCGAGAGCCGAGGAGAAGAGACCACCGCAGAGGAAGAGGAGGAGGAGGAGGAUGAUGUCCUGGACACUCUUAUAGAAUGCUUAGAAAAGGGUACAAAUCUUAUAAUUUCAUGCUUAAUUUACGACUUUCAUUUUGGGUUUGAUCAGUUCAUUAUAAAUGCUUCUUGUAGUAAUCAUGCUGUGUGUGUUCAGAUGCUGAGCAUGAAAGCGCAGGUGGAUGUGCUCUGCUGUAAAUCAGUAGGAACUGAUCUGUCCAUGCUGGAGAUUGAGGAUUUCAUCUCAGAAAUCUGUGGGCUGAAGAAAGAGGUGGCGUCACUGGAGGCAAAGCUGAGAGAAAGAGGAGAGGAUCUGGAGCAGGUUUCGGUGCGCGUGGCUGACGGGACAGAAGCUCAGGAUUCAGUCUGGAGCGUCAGAGAUCAGAGAUCCAGAGACACACAGGACUCGGAGCUCAGCCUCACUCUGCUGUGUUAUACUGACGCUCAGGAUCAUGAAUCCACUGAUCAAACCUCUGACCGUAACGCUGGAGAACAGCAGAUGCUGCAGGCGCCGCUGAAGAUGUGCUCCGUCAAACUGCUGGACUGCAGGAACCUGAUCGAGAGCCGAGGAGAAGAGACCACCGCAGAGGAAGAGGAGGAGGAGGAGGAUGAUGAAGAUUUCAUUCCUCCAGAUGACAAAGGCGGUUCAUCUUCUGAUGGAGAAACAGCCUUAACAUCAAAAGAGCAGCUGAAGGUCAAAAGUUUUUCUCAUGCCAAGUGUGGAAAAACACUGAGCUCAAAGAGAAACUUAACGAGAUACAAGAGAAAACACACAGAACAGAAAGACUUCAGCUGCAAGAGAUGCGACAUCAGCUUUUCAUCCGCAGAAGAGAGGAAACUUCAUUCAAAAGAGCACAGGGUGAAGAAGGAGUUUCGCUGUGAACAGUGCGGGAAGGAUUUUUUCACCACUGCUCAGAAUAUGAAAGCUCAUAUAAAGACACAUGACGAAAAGUCUUUCCAGUGCAGCGAAUGUGAAAAGUAUUUCAGCACCAAAGCAAAUCUGGAAGCUCAUAAGCGAAUCCACACGGGAGAAAGACCGUACAAGUGCCCUCACUGCGAGAAGACCUACAACCACGGAUCUCAUCUGAAGAAACAUGUGCGUGUUCACACCAAUGAGAGACCGUACCAGUGCAGCGAAUGUGGGAAAACCUUCACAGAGUCAGGCAGUCUAAAGUCACACCAGAGAAUCCACUCUGAGGAGAAACUGUAUCAGUGCAAACACUGUGACAAACGCUUCCGGCAGAAAUCCCAUCUGAAGUGUCACGAGCGCAUGCACACCGGAGAGAAACCGUACCUGUGCUCCCACUGCGGGAAGAGCUUUUCCAAUCCGACACAUUUUGGAUUUCAUAAGAGAGUCCACACGGGAGAAAAACCGUAUCACUGCAGCGUUUGCGAGAAGAGGUUCAGUAAGUUUGAUACUUUACAAAGCCACAAGAGGAUUCAUACCGGAGAAAGACCGUUCAAAUGCUUGCAGUGUGACAAGACGUUUGCUCGAUCAGACGUCCUGAAGGUCCAUCAGCGAGUUCACACCGGAGAGAAACCUUACUGCUGCUCCAUCUGCGGCGAGAGAUUCGCUUAUUUAGGUAGCUUUCAGACCCAUCAGAACAAACACGCUAAAGAAGAAACUGCUCCAGAAUCAUCAGAGUGACUUUCAUCAGUCAAUCUGGAAAAAAGACUAAUUCAGCUCAUCCUGAAACAUCAGGGCUAGAAAUGACUGUUACUUCCCUCAGUUUGUGUCCCUGUUCUCUCGGCAGCCACCUGUGGGAAAACAUUCGUCCCGCGAAGAAACUUCGAAAGAAAAAAAGAGCAGAAAGACAGUGCAAACAAAUUAAUCUUCCAACCCACAUGAAAUAUCAUGAUAGGAUUCACCCCAGAGAGAAACCGUACUUGUGCUUAUUUAAAGAGUUUUCAGACCCACCAGAAUACACACAAAAAUACAAGCAAAAUCGUCAUAGCAAUCUAUUAACUAAUACUAGACCUUUACUAACUAAAUAAAAGGUCUCAAGCUUAUUGAAGCCUACGGCAAGAAAUACUAGAGAAACUGAAUUAAGUAUUCCAGUGUAAAGAUAAAACACUGCAUAACCUUGAUAUUCUCUGUAGGUUGUUGCACAAAACAAUCGGCAACUUUUUUUUUUUUUUUUUGAACAUGGCAACGUUGAGUUUACAUGAUUUUAAAAAUGAAACCUUUAAGUUACCAUCGGGGAAAGAUUCUUCAAAAAAAAAAAAAAACCUGCACUGUUCCGGGAACAAUAUUUGAUGGUUUUAAAAAAAAUAAGAAUGUUAUUAUUGGGUUCUCAAACGGGAACCAAAUGCUAACAUUAAGAGAACAUUUGCUUGGAUGGCUUUCCUUGGUUCAUUUAAUCAAGAGAGAGCUUUUCUCAGAAUGUUAUUAGCUCCAUAUCAUCGCUGUGCCGCCAAGGGAAGAUAUUCACUGGGUUGAAAUGAAUCCUCUGGAUAGAAAAGUGUUUCCUUCAAACUACUUUAAUGUGCAGAUCGAUGUAUGAUAUAGAAGUGAAAUGUAUGUUUAUGGUGUAUUUGGCAAGGCCACUCAUGGGAACACAAAACAGAAAUCCGCCACGGCUUAUUUUAGUGAUUAUUUAAUACUUGCUGAAAAACAUUGCAGUACCACAUCAGGGCUAGACAUGACCCUUAUUUCAAGUAAAAAAAAAUAACAGCAAAAAAACUUAUUUGAAUUCAAAAGAUACAAA